AUGUCGCAAGCCAGCAUAAAGAACGUAGUUUCUCGGGACGGAAAGCAAGAGCAGUGCAAUGUCGGUCUUCUAACUCGACAGCGGGCCGAAAAUACCACACGAAAUAAAGUAGUGUGGAAAAAAAAUAUACUUCCUGGGGGUCGAGUCGAUUGGGUUAUAGUUGGUUUUGGUGCGCCAUUAGUCAUCGAGAAGAAGGUUGACGCACAGGUUGACGCCAGAGAGAUUCUCGCAGGGAGAAACAAGAAGGAUUCUGCAGGUCUUAUUGUUUCCGCGGUCCCAAUCGAGCUACCAAGAACAAUCGAAAACGGUGUACUAGAUCUGCUUACUAGAAAUGGAGGUUCAAGAGAGAUGGGAAAAGAUAAGGUGGAAAAAACGGGAGCAAUUACCAUGAAGGUUGCCAUCAGAGAAGUAAUCAUCCUCGAGAACAAGAAUAAAUCUGGGCACAAUUGCGAAGUAAUGAAGUCUGGAGAGACUUCUGAGAAUCAUGAGGAGUCUGAAAAGAGAAUGACUGUUUCAGCAAAUGGACGAAAAUCGAUACUAUUGGAAGGCACAAGCGACGGCAAGGCUCCACCCACGACAAUAGAACUCUUCAAGCCUCAAAAUUACACGAGUUCGGUGGCGCCUCUUAACUUGCCUAGUGUGUCCGGAAGAGAAGAUAGAGAGCUCGAAAGGGAGAGUAGAGAUUUACGUUUGAGAAUGCAGAGCAAUCAGGAGCCAAGAGCCACACGGUCAACUUUAAGCCCAAAAAGACGACUCAGCAAUCCUCAGUCACGAACUUCAUCACUCACGUCAACAUCAGCGAGGAGACCACAUCCUGCCGAAAUCAUAAAAUCAUUUCGAAGUGGCGUAUCUGUGAGUUCGAACAGUCUUAGGGAGGUGUACUCUCCCAUCUUCAAUACACAAAAUUCGAAGGCACGCCUUACUACCUCAGUCUUGCCAGAAACCAACCAAUCCAUAACGAGAAGACCUAAAACAACAAUUACUGUCGCCUCAAGAAUGAUAACACAUGCUUUGGGUAUACGAGCGGUUCCUAGAGUGCUAGAACCCGAGAUAAUGGCAGAGUUUGACAAGGCAUGCUCAGCACUUUUUUGUGGUAUACAACUAGACGAAUCUGAUAAAAAGGUUAAGACGACGCCAGUUGAUUGCUGCUCGGAACUCCAAACCCAAGAAGAUACUGGGUUUUUUUAUGAUUUAUCUAGGGUGAGGGUGAAGAGACAAAGGCCUUCCAAGAUACCGAGGAAAGGGAACCCAGAGAAAUGUCUCCCAGAAGAAGAGAUCUUGGCAGAAAAGUUACCCAAGGAAAAGUCAAUAGAAAAAAGAAGUCAUUCCAGGUUGAGAGACCUCAGGGAAGGAAUUUUCCGGGAAAAUAUUGACCAAGGUACUAAGGUUUAUAAAGACGCAUUUGAUCUCUCUUGGGAUGAUCAGAUUGAAGAAAAUAUGAUAGUACUUCGGAAUAUGUAUAAUAUGGAAGUCAAUAUUGCUGAAUAUGCUGCAUGGUCCUUACCUGACUCCCUGUGGAUACAAUUGGAAAAUGAAUAUUCCGAGACUAUAAAGCUAUCCGAGAUGUUAUGUAAAUAUUGGGGGGACGAUGAUGAAAUGUUCAAAAGUACUCCUUUGAAUUACCUUCACUCCCUCACACCAAAAGGUGUGAUAUCAUACACCAUUGAAGGACUCAAAAAACUCGUAUAUUUCAGGGCUGAUGACUAUCCUAUCGAGUGGGAAAUUUCGAAAUACCUCAAUCUAGAGACAUUCUCUUUCUGCGAGACAAAUAAGCGCCCGAUUGACGUUGAGACAGUCAAACUAUCAGUGUGUCCGAUGAUUAAUGAGAGACUGAAGAAGUCAGGAUCUUCAAUUUCUAUCGAGGCAGCUAAGAACCCUUGGAGCAACCGCCUAGGCUGUCCAACAGUGGCAGCCCUCCCUCCAAUGCUGCAGAUAGAUAUAAAGGUCUCUCAAAUUUACGUCUUUGUGGCUGCGCUCAAAUACUUUAUCUCCAAAUACCUUGAUUCGAAAGCGGCGUCACACCAUAUACUUUCUCCUCUUCGAAUGCAAAGAGAGAAUACAGAAUGGUACGUUGGACUCUCAAACCGAUGCCAAUGCAAGUUAGGAGUUCAUACAUGGCUAGAAGAAUUCGUCUGUGAUAUCAGCGCCAAAAAUAUCAGAGCAGACAGAUUGAAACAUCAUAAACACUACAAUAACUACGCCAAAAAUAUACAGGAGGGCAAAACAAAAACUCCCUUUUAUGUGAUUUCUCGUCUCUAUCUAAAUUUCAUCACCAAAAGGUGCUUCGGCGAACAAACCAGGCCAAUGGGAAUGAUUUUACUUCAGGCAUUUGCCAUGAAGUGGAUGCAUUACACGACUCUACCUUUUGAUGAAGACGACUAG